AUGGGUAUAAAUUUCGAUGCUGUUGGUGUCUCUUGUACGAGAUUGCAUAUCUUGUCAGGUUCAUUUAUGUGCAAUCAAACAUUGAGGAUGAAAAGAAGUCUACUAAUCCUUAAUCUUGAGAAGAGAACACUGAGAAAACUCCUCACAUUCAUUGAUGAUGUCUUUGAUGAAGACGAGAUCCCCUUGCCAUAUAAUCUACCUGACGACAUGAAGGAGGGGGCCUUUGCAAUCCAUACAAUGGAUGAUGGCGAAUCGAGGAGGUUUGUUAUAGAGUUAAGUUACUUAGCUCACCCGGGCUUUCUGAAACUGUUACAGCAAGCAGAGGAAGAAUUCGGGUUUCAGACAAAAGGGUGUUCUUGCUGUCCCUUGUCGUUAUGGUGA